AUGUCUCUAGAGCCCGCCACAUCGGGAGCUGUCCGAUGGAGGUCGAUCAGGGGGCCCAUGGAGGUGGCUCUAUUUGCCAAACAGAUACCCAUUGGCACAAGGCGAUUUGCGGAGCACGUUCUGCGCGGCGACAAGAUGACCAUCACGAGGGUCACCGAGAAAUACAUAGAGCUGACAGGCCAGGGUGGGGAGGCUGUUCCAAAAGAGAGUAACUCGCGAAUCCGGUUUUCGCAGCCUUACAUGGUGGCUGCAGAUACGAGGAGACCGGGAAUUUACGCCAUCACGCUCACCCCGCAGGUAGGAGACGAGUUGGCCGACUGGACCAUCCUUGGCAAGGUGAGAGGCGACGCCGUGUACUGGCUGCGCAACCUGGCUGGAUCAGGUACUGUCAAAGACGAGGAUGGUGUUCUGCAGUAUGCGGUAAAGGGUACUGGCGGCGAGAUUCUUGAGAAUGUGUGGAACAUACAGGAGGAGAGACGGGAAGCGAUCCAGAAUUCGGAGGUGAAAACGUCUCGAAAACAGGUAUCCUUAUCCUUGAGUUUUGAGGAGGAGGAGGAGGACACUGCCGAUGUUCAGAUACGAAUGCGGCCGAUUAAGAGAGUGAAGCGCGUGAAAAAGAAGGAGAAGGAGAAGGAGCAGGGGAACGCUGUGACGGAUAUAAGUACAACAGUGCCAGAGAGCAUACCCCCAACAGAGCAGGCAGAGAAGCAUUUGCAGGGGGUGGCAGAAGAUGCCUCAGCCACCCCCACUGACCCCACGCUAGAGAAACUGCGCAAGUUUCAGGAGUCGCUACGCCAACCCAGCCGUUCCGCCAAGAAACCGCCGACUCACAACAUCACAGAGGAGGGAAUCGACGGGCUAAGUUCAGAGGACGAAGAUCUCGGGUUUCUUAAUCAUCGCUGGAAUAAAUAG